AUGAGCUUACCAUUCACGGGCAACGCAGAUCAUCCACCAUCAUCACGCACGUUUAGCUCUGCACAUUCAAAGGUCAGUUCUCGUGCGUCACUUGGUACAAGCCCUGUGUUCAAGAAGGCAAGAGGAUAUGAGAGGAAACCAUCGUCCUUUGUGCCUAUAGAGCAUGUGCAUUUGCGAUUGCGCUGCGACACCACCGAUGAUAUUCCGAAACUGCUUGAUAGCCCGAGCUUACUGAUUCUCCCUGAUGCGCGCCGAAACCUUGGUCUUGCAGGGACGUUAGGCACCUCCUGUGCCCAAGAUCCCGAGUUCUUACCUCAGGGCUUCCCGAUGGAUGUGGACACUGAACCGUCGCUGCUUCCUGGAACGGAUAGUUUUGCCACGACAAAUGACUGGGAGAGGGAGGAGGAGGAGGACUUCCUUUGCGCAGAGCGGCCUCAACUCUUGAGGAACGCUAGGUCCACGAGGUCCAUGAAAUCGCGACCAUCAGAUGGACAGCUCAAUAGGAAUUUAAAGUUUGGCGGUAAGCCAUCACCUGCACCCUCUGCUGAAAAGAAUGAGGAGCCACUUACACUAUCGGAUAUCAUCCCUCCUUUGGCUGUUGCCAAGUCCCUCUCCGCAACUUCGUUAGCUGCUGAUGACUCGGCUGUUCUCAAGUCCAUAUUUGCAAAAGCUGUCGAAAUUCCCUCACCUCCGUCUCGCGUUCGCCUCGAUUCAGACACUAGCUUGAAGCGCAUCAGACGUUCAGCUGGUCGCACUUCAAAUGCUCCAGGUCACUAUAGACACUCUUCAGAACUGAGCUUUGCAGGCUUUGACUCAUUUGCAGAAGUGAGAAGGGGAUUCGAGUUUCAUGACAAUCGUCCGAAUUUCUACCCUCCGCCAGGAGCCACUUCGCGUAGCGACCACAACAAACGUGACUCUAUGUUCAGCAUUGCGUCUGUCUCGUCAUAUGGACAGGUUAUCAAUCAUGGGUCUACAGAUCCUUUCGAUUAUGGGGUAUUACCACUCCCAAGCCUUCGGGAGUGUCCUUCCUCGGACGAGUUCUCUUUCACUAUGUCUUCUCUUGAUGAUACAUUCUCCUUCAUGCAAAAACAACCUCGCAGGAGACGCGUUGACAGCGAUACCUCCAGCUUCUACUUCCGUACCUCAAUGCACUCACAGCUGCACCCAUAUAAUCGUAUUGCUGCUCAUCCUCGCCACUCGUCUGCAGUCUCUGUCUCUUCGUUAGGUCCACCUAUCAGCUUAUACAACUGCAACAGCUAUGGACACAACCGCAGCAGUUAUGGAUACCGCCGCCGCAAUGACUCGAGCACUAGCACGAGCAGCGUUUCGCAACCAUACGUUCAUGGCGGGCGUGCCUCGUGGGCUAGGCAUCGCCCCGACUUUUCUGUGGAUUCCAUGCUCAGUGACUUCUCGGAGAUUCACCUGGGGAGGCCAGGACUGGGAGACAAGAUGCUUGACUCUGCUUUGGAUCGUGGAAUGCCACUGACCGCUAUUUCUGCAUCGCCACCUGAAAGCCCUGCCAGGAGCAUCGGAAGCGAGCAGUUCCGGAGUGGCCAAUACGUGAAUCGCAUGUCCUAUGAUUCGAUCAUGGACAUGGACCAUGAACAUCAACCAGUGCCCAAUAUGGAAGACUCGCUCUUUGAGAAAACUUGCCAUAGGACAUCCGUUUCUUCAUCUGACUCUGCGUUCUUUGCUGUGGACUCCUCGCAUGCACCACCUCAAUUCAAACGGUUAUCAAGCUACAGCAUUGCUAGCAUUCAUAGUCUGCAGAAGGAAGAUGACACCAUGAUCAGCAUGCUUGGUGGUGGCCAUGUUCGACGCCGCUCCGUAGGAUCCAUGAUCGAAGCCUCACCUUGUCGCCAAGUUGAAAAAAGGAAACACAUGGCAUCUGACACUCCCCAGCCAAAUUUCCUUCGUAAGGUUGAUGACUAUGAAUCUCCAAAGAGCCGAGUUCUUGAGACCAAGCCGUCGAUUGCUUCGACUGCAUAUUCAGUGAAGUUCGGUGACGAGCGCAUGAUUAGAGCAAAGCACGGUCUUUUGGAGAGGCAGAGUUUGGAGAACACGGUGUUGAUCGCAGAAGGAGAGGAAGAUCUGUCAGCAUCUUUCCGCAUCCCUGUCUUUACCCGCCCUUCUUGUGCAGGUCAUUCUCGCUCCAACACUUGUACGUCUAUGAGUUCUGGUGCUGAGACACCUCCACUUUCAAUGGAUGGGUACUCCACAUUCUCGGAAGGCUCGCAGUCCAGCAUUGACCUCUCACAUGCCCGUGCAUCAAGCACAUCCAUUUACGAGACCAUUGAGGAGGAACUCACAACAUUGCUUGCUCCGACAUCAUCCCUUCAGUCGCUUCCAAGUUCUGCGACAAAGAAUGUCCAACUUCCUGAUUCAACGACAAAGACAAUUGGUCGUGCUCCCGUAUUUAUUCCUGAUCCCGCUGAGACUGCAUCUAUGGAUUCGGUGUCGUUGUGGGAUGAUGAGAGAGGAAUUAUGGCGCUACGCAAGUACUAUGCGCUUCGCGACGAAGCUGAAGAUACCGUGACAGAGAGCCAGCGACUCUGGCUUGACACACCAUUUUCCGUCUUCGCAGUUCAAUCAUUUGAUCCUCCUAGUCAUCCUUCCGGCAUGCAAGCGCUCUUGGAACAUUCAAUGCAGAACUACGGGCCUUUACCUUCAGAGUUGCGCCCUCGACGCAUGCGUUCUCGCGUCAACUCUCGACCUUCACCCUACCCCAGGACGUUCAAGACCUCUUUCACAUCUUCUCCAGCCACCGAGCAAGUGAGGGUGGCCAUUGUUGCAGCUGUCGCAGAAAACGCUCCCAAUGACAAUAUGCGCUCCCAAGGUCAACCGAAGGCGCUGCAACAAAUUUCCGUCAACCCUAACAUUAUGUCACCCGCGAUCGAAAACACCAAGGCAGGUGAACUCAUGAAGGACGCAGCAAUGUCACCUGGUAAACUCGAGCGCGUGUUCGGCCUCCCACCCCGUCCCCGCAUGGGCUCGGUCGCACGAAGAGCUGCCUUGGGUUGGGUGAAGAGGAGCACUGGCCGCAAUGGUUCAGAGAAUAAGGAGAAUGCUAGCAUAGGUAACAUCUCUCUGGCAGCUGUACCUGGUAAUAUGUCGCAAGGCUUGGGCAUGACGCCAUCAGAAACAUUAAGACUCAAUCGACCCCGUCCUAGGGGAAGGCCCACUCCCGCUUCGGUGAGGCCCAUCCGUAUUUGACAGGGCUAGAAAACCUGUCGUCGUUUUCCUACGUUAACUCCACUAUGCUAUGACUGACCUAUGCCAUAUCCUUUCUUCUUUUCUCAUACAAUCAAGCUCAUGGAAAACAAUGACUUGCAAACAUUAUUCGUAUAUUUUGUCUGUCACAAUUGCCGGUUCCUGGUGAUUGUGUCCUGUGCAGCA